GUUUGGGGUUAGGGGUGGGGGGAGGCCAGCAUCUUCACCGCUUCAACGUCCUGCGGCUCCCGGGAGCGACUUCGCAGGGGCUUUUGCAGGACGCUGCUGACCCAGUUCGCCCGCUGAGAUGGCCGAGAAGGGUCUGGAUCCCAGCCCUGUUUGCAUCCCCCUGGAGGAGUCCGUCUGCAACGGUGCGACCCAAGAAACCACCCUUCUGGCUGCCACACACCUGAAGAAGGUGGAAAACCACAUCACGGACGCGCAGCGCUUCUCGCACCUGCCCAAACGCUCGGCGGUCGACCUGGACUUCACGGAGCUGUCCUAUUCGGUUCGGGAAGGGUCCUGCUGGAAAAAGAGAGGGUACAAGACGCUCCUCAAAUGCCUGUCGGGGAAGUUCUGCAACCGAGAGCUGAUUGGGAUCAUGGGGCCUUCUGGGGCUGGCAAGUCCACCUUCAUGAAUAUCCUGGCAGGGUACCGGGAGACAGGGAUGAAGGGUCAGAUCCUGGUGAACGGCCAGCAGCGGGAGCUCCGCACCUUCAGGAAGAUGUCCUGUUACAUAAUGCAGGACGACAUGCUGCUGCCUCAUCUCACCGUGCUGGAGGCCAUGAUGGUGUCUGCCAACUUGAAGCUGAAGGAGAAGACAACUGUGAAAAAGGAGCUGGUGGAUGAAAUCCUCAUCGCCCUUGGCCUAUUAGAAUGCGCGUACACUCGAACCCUCUGCCUUUCAGGGGGCCAGCGGAAACGUCUCGCCAUUGCGCUGGAGCUCGUCAACAACCCGCCUGUCAUGUUUUUUGAUGAGCCCACCAGUGGUCUUGACAGUGCUUCUUGUUUCCAAGUGGUGUCCCUCAUGAGGUCUUUGGCACAAGGCGGCCGCACAAUCAUCUGCACCAUUCACCAACCCAGCGCCAAACUCUUUGAGAUGUUUGACAAGCUGUACAUCCUGAGUCAAGGCCAGUGUAUCUACAAGGGCACCGUCCCCAACCUCAUCCCAUACCUCAAGAACCUCGGCCUACACUGUCCCACCUACCACAAUCCGGCUGACUUCAUUAUUGAGGUGGCGUCAGGGGAGUAUGGUGAUCUGAACCCUGUCCUCUUCAAGGCUGUGCAGGAUGGCAUGUGCACCAUGGAGGAGCAGAAAAGCAUUUCCAAGAAAAACGAGUCUGUGUCCUCCUGUCCCAGCCAAUGCCAUAGCCAGGACUUUGACCCUAUUGAGAGCCAUACCUUUGCCACCAGUACCCUGACUCAGUUCUGCAUCCUGUUCAAGAGGACCUUCAUCUCUAUCUGCAGAGACACAGUGCUGACGCACUUGAGGGUCAUGUCACACAUCUGCAUUGGCCUGCUGAUUGGGCUCCUGUACCUAAACAUUGGAAAUGAUGCCGUCAAAGUCUUCAACAACACGGGCUUCCUGUUCUUCUCCAUGCUCUUCCUCAUGUUUGCAGCACUAAUGCCUACAGUCCUCACCUUUCCUCUUGAGAUGUCUGUUUUCAUGAGAGAGCACCUUAACUACUGGUACAGCCUCAAGGCCUACUACUUAGCCAAGACCAUGGCAGACAUUCCCUUCCAGAUUAUCUGCCCAGUCAUCUACUGCAGCAUCGUCUACUGGAUGACCUGCCAGCCCCCCGAGGCCUCACGCUUCCUGCUCUUCACUGCUCUGUCCACCUGCACGGCGCUCGUUGCUCAGUCCCUGGGCCUGCUCAUCGGAGCGGCGUCCAACUCUCUGCAGGUGGCCACCUUUGUUGGACCAGUCACAGCCAUUCCGGUUCUCCUUUUCUCCGGCUUUUUUGUCAACUUUGACACCAUUCCUAAAUAUCUGCAGUGGAGCUCAUAUGUGUCUUAUGUCAGGUACGGCUUUGAAGGUGUCAUACUGUCCAUCUAUGGCAUGGAGCGCCCAGAUUUGGAGUGUGCCGAGACCUUCUGCCCAUUCCAGAAAGCCGAGAAAGUUCUGAGUGAGCUGGAUGUAGAAGAUGCCAAGUUGUACCUGGACUUCAUUAUUCUGGCUAUCUUCUUCUUGCUCUUGCGGCUGGCGGCGUAUCUCGUUCUACGCUACAGGGUGAAAUCUGAAAGGUAGAAUGAGAAAAUAAAAGACAAAUGAAGUCCACUGGACCACGGAAAAAAUGGACAGCCCGCACCUGAAUUGGUCAGCAAACUGGACAAUCUUGAACUUCCUGCCUCAGCAUUGCUGGACACUGAGUUACCAUCUUACAGCUGAUAUGCAUGGCUGAUGGGGAGGGGGGGAGCAGCAGUUUUUGGUAGUGAGCUUGCAUGGCGGUCCCCCUGAAAUUCAUCCUGGGGAACCAUUCUGUUGUUCUAAGCAGCACACUUUGAUAACGGAGGUCCCAGUGUUCAGUACCAUCAGCCUCUAUACCAGAAGUCGGGGGCGCCUGCAGGAGGCGAUUUCAGCAUCAGGAUCUCGCUUUUCUCGUGGUGCCCACCCAUUUCCUGGGGUUCACUCUGUUACAGACAUUGUAAUAUCGCACACAACAAGGCAGGCGCACACUCACAAUAUGUGCGCUCAGGUUCGUGGACUCUUAACAGGUGCACAUUUUUACCACAUACACCUGCCGAGGGCUUCACACACUUGACAAGAAACUAUGCCCACCACAGAGGGUUACACACAUUUACACCAUUGGCUCUUCUUUAUACACUUAUACACACUUCCUGUCACACAAAUGCUUAUUCACGUGCACAUGGAUUCACGUGGUCCCCAACGCUGCACACAUUAUCAUCCGCUUACACGCAUAUGUGUUUAAACUAACACAUGUUUACGCCCAGGAGUGAUUUGCACACACAGUUACUCACACACACACAUGUGUGGACCUGCUUCCCUACAAAUGGGGGCUGUCGCUCACCUUGAUGAGAGUCACUCUCAGACGCUUCUACAGAUUUUCAAACUUGCCCAUUAUCACAGACGCACACACACUUUUACACACGGACACUCACACACCCUCACUUUUAAACACAGGAGCACAGCGUAUCUGAACAGCUGCCCAUACAAACUUGUGUGCAAAUGCUCCUAUUGGCGCAAACUUGUAAAGAUGCCCGCUUAAAUAGCAGCACACACACACGUACGCAAACACAUUUUCAUACAGACAACCACGCCCGACCUGCAUACUUGUGCUGAAGUGCCCUCAUAACUACUUGCGCACUUGCAAACCUUCAGAAGGAGAUUCACACCUGAAUGGCUAAAUGACGAUGCCCGCCCACACAGCUGGGCUCCCUAUUUUAUAUUUUUUGUUUGGUAUUCGGCGCACUGUAUUAAUCCCCGAGGGGAAAUCAUCUUUUCACGUGACCUUUGGGGGGUCAGAGUGCAGGGUCAGCCAUUAUACAAUUUUUUACGGGCUGUGCUUUAAAGCCCAACAGAGUAGGAUCCCUUCUGGCAGUUACGGGAUUUGAACUGGCAGCCUUCCUGAUCCUUAGCCACAGGGACACCAUUAUAUGAAUACACACACACAUUCACAUAAACGUCAUGCUUCUACGCCUUUACACACGCAGACCCACACACACAAACACGUGGACACAGGUGCUCACAUUUACACACACUUGCAUUCCUGAGGUGCCGCCGUGUAUAUACUGGACACGUUCAAAUGUUCUCACACUGUUACAUACGUGUUCACAGAUGACAGCGAUUCAAGACAGAUGACUUGUUUGCUCACGGAGGGUCACGCUGGUCCAUAACCCAAUUUCAUGUAUACCCACAUAUAUGCAUACAUGUCCACCUGUUAGUAUUGCCACACAUGUGCGCACAAGCAAUAGAAGACCUACCACUAUAUACCUUAACAGGGUGUUAACAGACACUCAAGUCCCCACAUGCGCACACACACACACUGAUGUUUUAUCACACACACACAAUUCCUGGGUUGGCAGGCUGAUGUGGUUUUCUGUAGAUUUUAGGUUUUCUGUCCCGUGUCCUUCCUGUUCAGUUCAGCCUUUAAAAGUGGAAUACAAACAAGUCUGCUUGGUGGGUGCUGAUGACAGCAAAGCCAGGGUACUUUGUGAAAGACGAUGGAGACGGGGACGAUACGUCCGAUGCUGACAAAGGCAGAAAGUCUUCAGCUCAGAUAUUUAAAAGUCCAUAAGGCUCACUUGGCUGCUCCAAUUUCUAUUCUUAAACUUUUCUGACCAGAGUGAUGGUGCUAAGGUGCUGUUGGUGGAUGACGCGACUGUUGGCAAACAGGUAUGGCACCACUUAACUAUGUUAUGGUGCCGUGCCAGUGGAUCCAUCUACUAUCUCUUUAGAGAAUUUAUUGUUAACUUGUACCCAUAUAGAGACCAAAUUAAGGAUAGAAUGAAUGUUUGCACAAAGAUUGUUCUGUGGUGGUCACCGCACGUCCACCUCAAAGUGCCCUCGAGUGUGUUAGUCCCGCUGGCAGGAUCCGAGGUCACAGCACGCUGAGGGUCAAGUUAAGGGGAGCAUGAUAUGCAACUUGUAUAUACUGAUAUGACAAUAAAAUGCAUCUCCCCCGUU